CUGACCCUCACCUGAUAAAUUAGGAAGUGCUGAGAUUAAAACGGAAACCUCAUACAUAAUUUCUGAAGAUAUUUUUGGGGUUACCCUCUAAGGAGAAAUAGGAUUCUUAAUAAGGGGAAAUAUGGGAACUGCUGUCUGCCUACGCACAUGCUGCUGGAGACUAGACACUCGGGAGAGGAGGAGUUGCACAUACACAACUCGAGCAUCUGCCUCUGCAUCAGUUUGUACUCAGAAGGAGCAAAUCUACAUAGACUGCACCUAAAGGGAAUUGUUUUGCAUUCAGAUUCAUCUAUCACUCUUUACUGCGGCAGGAAAAGAAAAAAAAAAGGAAGCUAAUCACUGCUUAUUUUUGACAGCUACUGAUUUUUGCCUUUUAAUCUUCUGAAAUCUGAACAUCGCUACAAAGGGGAGACCAGACCCCUGAACCCUACCAACCAGAGAUGGACACAAGGCAGGACUUGCAUUUUUAAAACUCUUUUGCGCCCAGCAAGGCAUAGAAUAAAAAAAUUGGAUACCAGCUCGGCCAUGGUUACAGGAUCUCGAAGUAGCAGAUGACCAGUUCACUAUACUGACCAUGCUGGCCCAUCUUCAGGACCAUCCUGGACCAGAGAGCAACAGAGAACUCUUACACCGUACGCAGCUCCUGCACAAAAGACAGCCCCUGAAGACAUUCCUCUGCACACAAACAUGUCCCAUCCUUUACACUCCUUGAACGGAUCUGGAGCUGGCAAUGGAUCUUUGUCGCCUCUCUCAGUAACAGGAGCACCUAAGCAGGACUUCCCAAGUGAGGAACAAGGAAACAAAGUGCACUGGGCAGCAUUGCUGAUCCUCCUGCUGAUAAUCCCCACUAUUGGGGGGAACAUACUUGUCAUUCUGGCUGUGUCCCUGGAGAAGAAGCUGCAAUAUGCUACCAACUACUUUCUAACGUCCUUGGCGGUGGCAGAUUUGCUCGUGGGUCUGUUUGUGAUGCCAAUUGCCCUUCUCAUAGUAUUAUUUGACAAUACCUGGCCUUUACCAACUGCCUUGUGUCCUAUCUGGCUGUUCCUUGAUGUCCUCUUUUCCACAGCUUCCAUCAUGCACCUCUGUGCCAUCUCCCUGGACCGCUACAUUGCAAUAAAAAAACCAAUCCAGGCCAGCCAGUACAAUUCAUGGGCUACAACAAUCAUCAAAAUCAUCGUGGUUUGGCUCAUUUCAAUAGGCAUUGCAAUUCCAGUCCCUAUCAGAGGCAUUGAGGAUGGAAAUGGCAACUCUACAAACAUCACGUGUCUCCUGAUGCCUGAUCGUUUUCAUGACUUUAUUCUGUACGGAUCAGUGGCUUCCUUCUUCAUUCCCCUGGCUAUCAUGAUCGUCACUUAUUUACUGACAAUCCAAGUGCUGCGCAAAAAGGCCUACUUGAUCAACAAGCCGCCUCAGCGCUUCACCUGGUCAACAGUGUCCACAGUCUUUCAGCGUGACACAACACCUGCCUCCUCACCAGAAAAGGUGGCCAUGCUAAAUGGCUCCAGAAAGGACCAGACUUUGUCCAGUGACAUGCCUAUCUGCAGGGCAUCCACGAUUGGGAGGAAGUCCAUGCAAACAAUAACCAAUGAACAAAGGGCGUCAAAAGUUCUGGGGAUUGUGUUUUUUCUUUUCUUGCUGAUGUGGUGCCCAUUCUUCAUAACAAACAUCAGCUCGGUUCUGUGCAACUCCUGCAAUGAGGAGGUUUUUCAAAAGCUUUUGGAGAUAUUUGUUUGGAUAGGGUAUGUAUCCUCAGGAGUGAACCCUCUUGUGUAUACACUCUUCAACAAAACAUUUAGGGAGGCUUUCAGCAGGUACAUCACUUGCAACUAUCGGACCACAAAGCCUAUCAAGGCCCUUCGGCAGCGCUCCAGCAGGAUCUCUUUCAGAAGCUCUGUAGCAGAAAAUUCCAAGCUCUUUGUCAUGAAUGGGAUGAGAAAUGGGAUUAACCCCAUUAUGUACCAGAGCCCAAUGAGGCUGAGGAGCUCACCCAUCCAAGCAUCAUCGGCCAUUCUGCUGGAUACGUUGCUGCUCACCGAGAAUGAGGUUGAUAAAACAGAAGAACAAGUCAGCUAUGUAUAGUGGAAUGGCAGCCAUGUCCCUGCAGCAUUACUGUAUGUAUUAUUCUAGAUAACUGCACUGUAAGAGGGUAUAAAUACUAUUGUUUUCUGUUAUUUAUGCAAGCAAUAUCUUAUAAAUUUAUAUUAAUUUCUCUCCUUCAAAGUCUCCUCUACUUUAAGCCCAACCCCAUGGUGGCAACCACAACUUCAUUCCAUGACAAAUGACUCAUGCAGAACUGUAGCCUAAGGAAGAGGGAAAUAAAUAAAAGC